AGCCCCUCUAAACGGUGCUGCUGGUCUGGUGUGGGUGGCAUGCGGCGCAGAGAUAGCAGCAGCCCUCUCUGUCAUCCCCACAGCCCCUCUAAACGGUGCUGCUGGUCUGAGCCCCUCUAAACGGUGCUGCUGGUCUGGUGUGGGUGGCAUGCGGCGCAGAGAUAGCAGCAGCCCUCUCUGUCAUCCCCACGCGCCCAAUCCCUUCUUUCCGCUUGCUCCUCCCCCCCCCUCUCUAUCCCACCCCUCUCCCUCCUCUUCCAGAGCCCCUCUAAACGGUGCUGCUGGUCUGGUGUGGAUGGCAUGCGGCGCAGAGAUAGCAGCAGCCCUCUCUGUCAUCCCCACAUGCCCAAUCCCUUCUUUCCGCUUGCUCCUCCCCCCCCUCUCUAUCCCACCCCUCUCCCUCCUCUUCCAGAGCCCCUCUAAACGAGCCCCUCUAAACGGUGCUGCUGGUCUGGUGUGGGUGGCAUGCGGCGCAGAGAUAGCAGCAGCCCUCUCUGUCAUCCCCACGUGCCCAAUCCCUUCUUUCCGCUUGCUCCUCCCCCCCCCUUCUCUAUCCCACCCUUCUCCCUCCUCUUCCAGAGCCCCUCUAAACGAGCCCCUGUUCAUGGUUCUUUUCGCAGAGGGGCGGGACCGGAUGUGCCUCGAGGCGCCAGACCAUGCCAUAGACUUCUACCCAACGCUCGAACAGCGCGUGCAGGUGUUGUAUGAGGUUAUCAGCGAGACGCACAUCAUCAACAUGAUGCAGCUGCGAGAGGCUAUGGAAGACAAAAACAUCAUAGGCGCUUUUAAACGCGCCUGGACGUCAUGGAAGAACGAACGUGGCUUCCACCUCAAGCGCAGAGUGCUCGUCACUUUCGGCAAGAAGGUGGAAGGCCUGCGUGCAGCCGAACUGUGGAUGGGCACCAAGAAGAAGCGGAAGAUGUGGAAAAAAUACCAACCGACACAUACCCCCAAUGCAUCCCCACUUUGGCACGCGACUACAUACCUGCUCUCCUCGCCCAAGCUUGUAGCGCAUGUGCAAACACAUCCGCAUGACAGCCAUCCGUUGGUUCUUCUCCCACACUCCCCUUCUCCCGCCCCCCCGUUUAACUCCCGCCCUCCUCUUCUCUCCCGCCACCCCCUUCUCUCCCGCCCUCCCUUCCUCUACCGCCCUCCCCUUCUCUCCCGCCCUCCCCUUCUCUCCCGCCCUCCCCCUAUCUCCCGCCCACCCCUGCUCUCCCGCCCUCUCGCCAUUCAUUCCCCCCCGCCCUCGAUGAGGGAAACAACGGGUCAGCUCGUGGGGAAACAACAGAGACGGGCUCCCGUUUGCCGACGGCCGAUUGACCAGGGCUUAUCAAAGGUUAAGAGGACUGACUGGAACGUCUCCAACUCCCACCGGAAGAACAGUGAAUGGAUGGGGGGUUUGCACCGUAAUGUGCGGUGGAUUAUCAAGGACCACUUCACACGCCACACCCCUGUGUACAACACAGACAUGAAGGACUUCAAGUGGGGCGACCGUGGGCUGUAUGUUCACGAGUCAGGAUUUGAGGCCUUCCGGGGGAAGGCUGAGCUUGAUGCCAAAACGAAGGACCUGAAGGAGGAAGAAAAGGAGGUGUACAACUCGGAGGACAUGGAGGAGGAUAAGGAGGAGGAGGAUGAGGAGGAGGAGGAGGAGGAGGAGGAUGACGAGGAGGAGGACGAGGAGGAGGAGGAGGAGGAGGAGGAGGACGAGGAACAGGGGGCUGCAGAUGAGGCAUGCGUGGAGUUUACAAAAGGGGACAGCAGGAGAGGCAUCACAUACGUGCGAGGAGAGGCAUUGGUGGAGACAGCAAGGGGGGCAUCAGGGAAGGCACGUGUGGAUAGAGAAAGGGGGACAGCAUUACGGAGGGGAGUGGUGCAAGGGCCGCAGCAGUAUAGGCAUGACCGGAUAGGACAAAGCAAGCAGCAGUAA